AUGGAAGCUGUCUCCAACAACGAUCCAUGGUUCACCAUCAACAUUGAUGCAACUGGUAGAAAAGGUCUAAGUGCUUUACAAAAGUGUACUGCAGCUCUUCGUAUGCUAGCAUACGGGAUGACUGCUGAUCAAGUUGAUGAGUACCUCCGAAUUAGCGAAAGCACAGCACGAAAAGCACUCACUCAUUUCACAAAGGGAAUAAUCAACCAAUUUGGGCAACAUUAUUUGAGAAAACCAACACCACAAGAUUUGACGAGAUUAUUAGCCUUUAGUGAAGAACGAGGAUUCCCUGGCAUGAUUGGUAGUGUUGAUUGCAUGCAUUGGGAGUGGAAGAAUGCCCAGCAGCAUGGAAAGGGUUCAUAUAAUGAUCUCAACGUGCUAUAUCGAUUACCUCUUUUAAUUGAUUUGUUUGAAGGAAGGGCACCACCUGUCAAUUUCACAGUGAAUGGAAAUCAAUACGGCAUGGCUUACUAUCUCACUGAUGACAUUUAUCCUAAAUGGGCUACUUUUAUUCAGUCUAUUACUGAACGGCAAACAGCAAAAGCAAGGUUAUUUGCCUAA